GGACUAUCCAAAGCGGUGAAUAUCUUUUAGUAGACUCAUACGAAAGGCACCUCUGUCUUCUCGCUUACUAUUUAUCUUGUAAUCUCCAACAAACACCGCACCAUCACCCCUCUCCAAACCCUCGGCCAGUUUCUACACCACCACCCUACUCUGACAGCAUGGACCCUGUAGCUUCAUACCUGCAUCUUCUGCUCUCCCAGGAAGCCAGAGGCCUUGAAAAAACCUGUACCACAGCGGCAGAGCAAAUGCCUCAAGCCCCACCGCUCUCAAUCACUGACUCCCUUACCCCAAGCGACGCUACCUCCACUCUCCCACCCCUCCUCCGCCUCCCCCUCGAACUCCGUCGAGACAUCUACUCCCACCUCUACCCCUUCCAACCCUUCCACCCCCCUAACCCCGGAAACCCCACCGAAGACGCACGCACCAUCGGCCAAAGCUUCACCGCCGCCGACUUCGCCUCCCGCGACUCGACCCAACUCCAAGUCCUCCCCUGGGGCUUCCCCAGCGCCGGCCGCAUCACCGACCCCUCGGACCCAGUCCGCUGGCUGUACCAAUCCGCCGCCGAAAAAGCGCUGCAAGACAGCACCAAAGCCCUGCGGCGCGCGCACCGCGCCGCCAUUGUGCAACUCUACCCCUGGCGCAUGUACGCCAGCGGGCUGGGCAUCCUGCACGCGAACCGCCAGCUGCGCGCGGAGGCCCAGGACUACCUCUUCCGCGGGACGCAGCCGCGCAUCACCCUCCAGCCCGCCGGCAUGCCGCGCAUCUGGUGGCGGUACGCCGACGAGUCGCUGUACUGGGCGCCGCUGGCCGCGCAUAGCAUGGCGGGUCUACAGCCGGCGGCGCUGCUCACGCGGCUGCACGUGAAGCUCGACGCCAUUCCCGCGUUGUUGGAUUACCGCCCCGUGUCUGGGCAUCGGGCGUAUGUGCUGGGGAUGCGCGUGCAGGUGUGGAAGCUGUGCAAGGCGCUGCAGAAGAUGGAGGUGUUGGGGGAGCUGGCGGUGGAUGCGGGGGGGCUGCAUGCGUGCCAGACGACGACGCGGCAUAGUCAGCAGCCGCAUUGCUCGCGGAAUGUGAGGAAGACGUUUUGGGAUCGGAAGCGGGUGGGGCUGGGGAGGGAGGGCGGCGGGGUGCCGUAUACGUGGACGCGGACGGAUGAGAAUCGGAUGGCGGCGUUGGCGGGGUCGAAUGUGGUGGUGAAGUGGUUCCAGCGGCAGAAGCUAAGGGCGAGCCCGUUGGCGUUGUCGGAUUUUGAUCUAAUGCUGCAGCCCUUUGCGAUGCUGAAAAAUGUUCAGAAGGGCUACAUCGCCUUCAUGUGUACCGACGACGCCGAUGUCUGGAGCGAUCGAUAUCGGCUGUACAGGGCCCGCUAUGCCUAUAGCGAGUAUUGCCCUGAGUGCUUGGAGGCGCUUGUCCGACUCAGGAGCACAUUUGAGGCUCACGUGGGAAGUCCUCACCUGGGAAGACCUGAUGCACCACAAGUCGGACACUAG